AUGGUCAUUGAUAUGACAACUAUCAGUGUUUUCCUGAAAUGUUGGGCUGCAAUUUCUAGAGGUUCUCAAGAUGAUCAAUCACCAGGUCAUCCUUAUCCUCGUGCACCAGCAAUAUCUGAUCUCAAAGUGAAAGGUUCCAGCAAGCGCGUUCCGGAUCCUACAAGUGUUGAAGUUGUGUCAUCUUUCAUCUGGAAGCAUGCAAUGGCUGCAGCAAAGGUAGUAAAGGGUUUCCAACAGCCAUCAGUAAUAUUUCAUGCAGCAGAUUUGCGAAGAAGAAUGGUGCCACCUCUACCAGAAUAUUCUGCUGGGAAUAUUGGUUCUCCAAUCGUUGCAGAAUAUGAAAAGAUUGAUGAAUUGGAGGUAAAAUUUGGAAGAUUAGUGAAAAUACUAAGAUUGGCUAAGGAAAAAAAUAAGGAUGAAUUUGUGCCAAAAUUACUUAGUUCUGGAGGGUUUGAUAUGAUGAUUAAGUUUUUGGAAGACUGGGGAGAAAAGUGCAGUAACAAAGAUUUAAAUACUUACCAAUUCAGCAGCUGGUGCAAAAUAGGAUUAAAUGAAGUCGAUUUUGGCUGGGGAAAACCAAUUUGGACUAGUUUGGUAGGUGGUACUGAGGUAGAAUCCAUGUAUAAGAAUUUUGUGGUUCUUGUUGAUGGAUCAGAUGGUGGGAUUGAAGCAUGGUUGAUAUUGGAGCAAAAGGAGAUGGCUGUACUGGAAAAUGAUGGGGAGUUCCUUGCUUAUGCUUCUCCAAAUCCUGGGAUCAUAAUAUCUUAA